GAUUACAUGGCCCAGGAGGAGGACUGGGACCGGGACCUGCUCCUGGACCCCGCCUGGGAGAAACAGCAGAGGAAGACCUUCACGGCCUGGUGCAAUUCCCACCUUCGGAAAGCCGGGACCCACAUCGAGAACAUCGACGAGGACUUCCGGGACGGGCUCAAGCUGAUGCUGCUGCUGGAGGUCAUCUCGGGCGAGCGCCUGCCCAAGCCGGAGCGGGGGAAGAUGCGGGUUCACCGCAUCAACAACGUCAACAAGGCGCUGGACUUCAUCGCCAGCAAGGCCGUCAAGCUCGUCUCCAUCGGCGCAGAAGAGAUCGUCGACGGCAACGCCAAGAUGACGCUGGGGAUGAUCUGGACCAUCAUCCUCCGCUUCGCCAUCCAGGACAUCUCCGUGGAGGAGACCUCGGCCAAGGAGGGGCUGCUGCUCUGGUGCCAGCGGAAGACGGCUCCGUAUAAAAACGUCAACGUCCAGAACUUCCAUAUCAGCUGGAAGGACGGGCUGGCCUUCAACGCGCUCAUCCACCGGCACCGCCCGGAGCUCAUCGAGUACGACAAGCUCCGCAAGGACGACCCCGUCACCAACCUCAACAACGCCUUCGAGGUGGCCGAGAAGUACCUGGACAUCCCCAAGAUGCUCGACGCCGAGGACAUCGUGGGCACGCUGCGGCCGGACGAGAAGGCCAUCAUGACCUACGUGUCCUGCUUCUACCACGCCUUCUCGGGGGCGCAGAAGGCCGAGACGGCCGCCAACCGGAUCUGCAAGGUCCUGGCCGUGAACCAGGAGAACGAGCUCCUCAUGGAGGACUACGAGAAACUGGCGUCGGAUCUGCUGCAGUGGAUCCAGCGCACGCUGCCGUGGCUGGAGGCGCGCAGCCCGCAGCGCACGCUGCAGGAGAUGCAGCAGAAGCUGGAGGAGUUCCGGCACUACCGCCGCGUGCACAAGCCCCCCAAGGUGCACGAGAAGGUGCAGCUCGAGAUCAACUUCAACACCCUGCAGACCAAGCUGCGCCUCAGCAACCGCCCCGCCUUCAUGCCCUCCGAGGGACGCAUGGUGGCGGACAUCAACACGGGCUGGCAGCGCCUGGAGCAGGCAGAGAAGGGCUACGAGGAAUGGCUCCUGAACGAGAUCCGGCGCCUCGAGCGCCUCGACCACCUGGCCGAGAAGUUCCGGCAGAAGGCGUCCAUCCACGAGGCCUGGACCGAAGGGAAGGAGGCCCUGCUGCAGCAGAAGGACUUCGAGGCGGCCUCGCUCUCCGACAUCAAGGCCCUGCUCCGGAAGCACGAGGCCUUCGAGAGCGACCUGGCCGCGCACCAGGACCGCGUGGAGCAGAUCGCGGCCAUCGCCCAGGAGCUCAACGAGCUGGAUUACCACGACUCGCCCAGCGUCAACGCGCGGUGCCAGAAGAUCUGCGACCAAUGGGAUGUGCUGGGCUCCUUGACCCACAGCCGGAGGGAAGCCCUGGAGCAAACGGAGAAGCACUUGGAGAGCAUCGACGAGCUCCACUUGGAGUACGCCAAGCGGGCAGCGCCCUUCAACAACUGGAUGGAGAGCGCCAUGGAGGACCUGCAGGACAUGUUCAUCGUGCACACCAUCGAGGAGAUCCAGGGCCUCAUCGCCGCGCACGACCAGUUCAAGGCCACGCUGCCGGAGGCGGACAAGGAGCGCGAGGCCAUCCUGGGCAUCCAACGGGAAGCGCAGCGCAUCGGGGAGCAACAUGGGAUCAAGGGGGCCGGGAGCAACCCCUACACCUCGGUCACCCCACACAUCAUCAACUCCAAGUGGGAGAGGGUGCAGGCGCUGGUGCCCCGGCGGGACCAGGCUCUGCUGGAGGAGCAGAGCAAGCAGGAGUCCAAUGAGCACCUCCGGCGGCAGUUCGCCGGGCAGGCCAACAUCGUGGGGCCCUGGAUCCAGACCAAGAUGGAGGAGAUCGGCCGCAUCUCCAUCGAGAUGCACGGCACACUGGAGGACCAACUGGAGCAGCUCAAGCCCUACGAGCAGAGCAUCGUGGACUACAAACCCAACCUGGAGCUGCUGGAGCAGCAGCACCAGCUCAUCCAGGAGGCUCUCAUCUUCGACAACAGGCACACCAACUACACCAUGGAGCACCUGCGGGUGGGCUGGGAGCAGCUCCUCACCACCAUCGCCCGCACCAUCAACGAGCUGGAGAACCAGAUCCUGACCCGCGACGCCAAAGGCAUCAGCCAGGAGCAGCUGCAGGAGUUCCGCGCCUCCUUCAACCACUUCGACAAGGUACCGGCGCCGCCGGGGACCACUGGGGGCCAUUGGGGGCCCUUGAGUUCCAUCGGGUCCCAUCAGAUCCCAUUGGGGCCCAUUGGGUGCCAUUAA